UUUAUCGCCCAAACGCUCCAUGGUAACGAAUUCCAUGUGAUACUUGCGGCUUUCGUGGCCAAGCUCACACUCGUGCACUGGUUACGCUCGUCCUCGCGUAGAUCGAAUUUGGCACGAUGCUGAAGUUUCAAACCGCGACCAAGGAGGAUCUGAAACUGGCCGCGUCCAUUCAGCGCAGGCGGCAAAUAGACGCGGAGAGAAAAGAACGAAUAUUCAAUGCACGAUUCAGGAAAAUCGGAAUAGACAAGGAAUUCUUGGACAAACAGGUCGCGGAAAAGAAGCAGCAACGUGAGCUCGAACAGGCCCGAGAAUCCCAGCUCGACGAGAAUUUGAUUCGCGGUAGUAAGCUCGCCUUGCUGCUGGAAAAACAACAAGAAGAGGAAAGGCGAAAGAUACAUAAAGAGAUCGAACACUUCAGACAACAGUACCAGCGUCCAGAACAACGCCGAGAUUUCGAUCUUUACGAUCCGACUGCUCUGAAAAAGAAAGAACAUGUCGACCUGUCUUUUGGGCCUGGCCUCGCGCAGAAAUUCCCGGGCGAGGACGAGGAUGAUGCAAAGGGACGCUUGAAGGCGCAGAAGGAAGAGUUGAGAUGGUGGAUCGAGAAGCAAAAGAACGAGCGCAUGCAGGCCGAGAGCGAACGCCAGGAAACCGAGAAAGCGUACGAGACAGCCGUCAUCUCUAGGGACAAGCGUGCGAUGGCGUUAGACCAAAUGGAACGGGACUGUCGUCGAAGGUUGAACGAAGCCACCGCGCGAUUUAAUCGAGCCCUGGCUGAAGAGCAGGAGUACCGCCGCCACUGCGAAGCCCUUCAAGAAGAGGAGGACAAGAAGGCGGAUAUCUACAAUCACGUGACUGGGGACUUCCUUACGGAAGCCAAAGAGCAGGCGGAGAGCGCUCAUGGACCGCGCAAACCGUUGGCCUCGCGUUACAAGGGCAUGACUGCGGAGGAGCUUAGAGUUUUCAGGGAGGCACAGGCACAGCAGCUGAAAGAAAUCGAGGAAAUGAGAUUACAGGAGAAACGAAAGAACGAGGAAUGGGAUCGAUUGAUGAACACCCAGGCGGAGAUAGCGGAUUCGUAUCAGCGUGAAAUUGACCGGAAAAGAACGGAAAUUCAGAAAAAGAUAGCAGUGGAAAAUUUGGAACUCGCGCAGCAACACAAAUCUCAUCAGGAGUAUCUGAACCGUGUACUCUAUAAAACCAAACCGACUGCAGCUUUUUUUGAACAAUUUAACAGAGAUGCUCGUUAGAACGAAAACUUAUAUGUACAAUGACACGAAUAAACUACUGUUCUCAUAUAUUUUAUACUUGUUUUUUAUAAACAUAUUU